CCGGAAAUACUUAUGGACCUUUAACAAAGCCGGAAGUUGGAUAAAUUGCGAUCAUGGCGCUUGAUGUAAAGUCCCGAGCAAAAAGAUAUGAAAAACUUGAUUUUCUGGGAGAGGGUCAGUUUGCCACUGUUUACAAAGCCAGGGACAAGACCAAUGACACAAUAGUUGCCAUCAAGAAGAUCAAAGUUGGACACAGAACAGAGGCUAAAGAUGGCAUCAACAGGACAGCCCUACGAGAGAUUAAACUACUGCAGGAGUUAAGUCACCCAAACAUUAUUGGGCUGCUUGAUGCAUUCGGGCACAAAUCUAACAUCAGCUUGGUGUUUGACUACAUGGAGACAGAUCUGGAGGUGAUCAUCAAAGAUACCAGUCUGGUUCUGACUCCAGCCAACAUCAAAGCCUUCAUAGUGAUGACUCUACAGGGCCUGGAGUACAUGCACCACCACUGGGUUCUGCACAGAGAUCUGAAGCCCAAUAACCUGCUGCUGGAUGAGAAUGGUGUGUUGAAGCUGGCUGAUUUUGGUUUGGCUAAAGCCUUCGGCAGCCCUAACAGAGUCUACACUCACCAGGUAGUUACCAGGUGGUAUCGUUCUCCAGAGUUGUUGUUUGGUGCCAGGAUGUAUGGGGUGGGCGUCGACAUGUGGGCUGUGGGCUGCAUCCUUGCAGAGCUCCUCUUAAGGUUACCCUUCCUAGCUGGAGACUCAGAUCUGGACCAGCUGAGUAAGAUCUUUGAAGCUCUGGGGACUCCUACAGAUGACACCUGGCCUGGGAUGAGUAGUCUACCUGACUAUGUGUCGUUUAAGUUGUUUCCUGGUACUCCUCUGGAACACAUCUUCAGUGCUGCAGGAGACGACCUGUUAGAACUACUACAGGGUCUAUUCACCUUCAACCCUUCCACACGCCUUACAGCUACACAGGCUCUAAAGAUGAGGUACUUCAGUAACAGACCAGGUCCGACCCCCGGGCACCAGCUGCCCCGGCCCAACUCAUCAGCAGAGGCUCUCAAAGAGAAGGAGAACCUCACCAUCGGAAUCAAGAGGAAACGAGACGGACUGGAGACGAGCACCAUAAAGAAGAAACUGAUUCUGUGAGGGGGGGGUUUGAUUCAGUGGAGCAACAUGACCACUCCUGCUGUUGAACUUAGUGUGGUUCAUUGGACUCAGUAGAAGUUGUCCCUAACCAGUGGUCCAGGGUCAUUUUUCUUUCUUUCUUCAUUUGGUGUUAGAUAAUCUGAUCCUAGAUCAGUGGUUAAGGGGCAAGUACUUCUACCUCCAGUGUGGCCCAUUGUGGUCUAAUGGUCCAGCUGUGAAGACCUCCAGUGUGGUCUAGAACAGUGGUUCUGGAUAUUCUUCAUUGCAACAAUGAUUUCUGAGCUCUGUAAGAGCCUGCUACAUUAGAACUAUUUAUGUGGUCGAGGAAAAAAGCAGCAAGACGUGCUUUUCGUUAUGAUUCAUUUCAUAGAUUUAGUUUCAUUGGUUUAUUUUUUUUGUGUAAGUGAUGUAGGAUAAUAAAUAAUUCUGUCUGAGA